GCGUUUGACGUUCGACUGGUUGUUUGGUGAUGUUUGUGUGUGUUUACAUAAUUGUACCACAUUUGUUAUUUGUCAUUAUUCGAACAAUAAGCGUGACAAUUAAUCACCGUGUGAUAAUCGCGUGAAGAAAAAAGUCGCGGAUUCUUAUCGGCUGCGCGCAACUAUCUAAUCAAAUGCAAUUGUUCGUGUCUGAAUCGAAAUCGUGCGCGUUCGGGGGCUACGCGACUGUUCGAUCGCUCGCACCUGAAAAUGAUUCACAAUAAUAGAUAAUUAUUUGGAUGUAGCCGUGUGUCGAACAAUAAGAACAAUCGGAGCAAAUCAAUCAAAAAAUCGCGAGGCAUUUAAUCAAUUCGCGCAUCGGAUCAAAACCAAUGUCGCGCGCGCGUAUCGUCUGCACUUGUUGAGAACGUCAACUUCAUAAAAACGAUAUUAUGAUGUUGCCCUCAUUGAUAUCGCCAUGGGAACACCUGGCGAUCAACGCAGACUUAGACACUUAAACGAUUCCGACCCGCUUCUUCACCAGGAGGAGCACCGCCGAAAUGAUGACCACACACAACAACCACCACAGCCAGUAGCACCACCACCACCAGCAACAAUUGUCAAAAAUGAAUUCCACCCGCACGACGCGAUCAAAACCGAGCCGCUGGAGCAGACCUACAUCGACAGCUACUUUCCGGAGCAGAAAAACACGCACACCAACAUCAAACCGGAAGAUAUCGCCGGGCCAUCGGGCCUACAAACACCCAACACGGCAUUAUGUCCGAAAACCAAGAGUAACAUCACCCCGAAAAAGAUCAAAAAGACGCCGUCGAAGAAGCAGUACGUGUGCGCCGUGUGUCAAAAGUGUUUUCAGAAUGUUAGUAAAUUCGCCAAGCAUCAACAGGUGCACGGUAGCGGAUCACCAUUUAAAUGUGAGCACUGUAAGAAAUCAUUCUCUUCGAAAUUCAAACUCGUGCGACACGUGUUGAUUCAUUCCGAUCGCAAGCCAUUCAGUUGCACGAUGUGCGAACGCACUUUUCAUCGCAAGGACCAUCUGAAGAAUCACAUCAAAGUGCACAGUCCAUGUAAAAAGCUCUACGUUUGCGAUAAUACGUCAUGUAAGAAAGAAUACACAUCGUUGAUCAGCUUCAGGAAACAUUUGGCGUUUCAUGCGGCGGAAGAUGGCGCUUUGAAUUGUUUAAUAUGCGAGAAAUCGUUUGAAACAAAAGAAGAAAUUUUAUAUCAUUUGAAAGUUCACGCCGGCAGCCGUACAGUGAAGAACCCGGAUGAGAAAAAGUAUUGUUGUGAUCAUUGCGAUCGUAAAUUCUUCACGAGGAAGGAUGUACGUCGACAUAUGGUUGUCCAUACAGGACGAAGAGACUUUUUGUGUCAGUUUUGCCCGCAGCGCUUCGGUCGCAAAGACCACUUGGUUCGACACAUCAAGAAAUCACAUUCGAAAGCGACCGAUUCAGAUGUUGAGGUGAAAACAGAGCAAGCCGCCACUGGUGUGGCGAUUAAAGCUGAGGCAGAUGAGUCUAGUCUAUCACAACCCGAGGAUUUCACUGAUGGAUUGGAUUUAGAUUCACUGCUGCAACCGUUGUCCGGUUAUUUACCACCGGCGCACCCUCAGGGAGAACUCGCCGAUCUCGGCCGCGAAGUAUUAGAUGUGAUACCUGAUCCCCUGGCGGGGAAUGCUUUGGACGCGUCCAUCGACGACAUUCAAGCAAACUUUUUUAAUUAUCUAGAGGACGACGUGCGCGAAACUGCUCCACUGCCGGCGUUCAGUCAAAUAUUCCAACACCAACCGCCACAGCUACCACAGCCGCCAUCACCGAGGUAAUAUUAUGGGUGGUUUCAUUGCAAAACAUUUGAAAUUCUAUUUGAAACAAUCACGAUUUCACACAUUUAACAGUGCAAAGCUUUAAUUUGAUUGUAGGCAACCCAACUCACAUAAUCACAUAACCUGUCACAUUUAAUCUGGAAAACAUUUUUGGAAAUCGAAAAAGUCAGUUGAGUGUAAUGAUAACGUGAUUGCAAUUGAAUCUCGUGUCGGAAGCAAAUAGAAUUUGAAAUAUAUUUGAAUGACCCAAUAAUAUAUUAUUGAAUAAUCCAAAGAUAAGAACGCUAAACACAUAGUAAGUGUAGUCAUUAUAUUUUUAUACCCAAAAAGUGUUUUUUAACUAUUUAUUAUAUUUUUGUUUGUUUUUUUUUAUACGUGUACGAUAACAAAUUACAUAGUAGCGUUAAGAGAUUCUAUAUUUAUAUUUAUAUACGCAUAUAUGAGCGAGAGAGUUAAGCGAUAAGCAUAUUUAUUGUUAAAACAAGAUUUCGAUCACAAUAUCUAUAUAUCUAUCAGGUUAUUACAUUUUUACGUGCCGAUGGACCGUGAUAAGUUCGUAAAUGUGAUAAGUGUUCCGAGGUCCAUGCGGUGAAACAAUCAGAUUUGUGGAAUUUAUUGCUUCUUAAAUACUGUCGAUCGCGCCGAUUGAUAAAGAAAAAAACCGCAAAACAAUGCGAAUGCUGAUGAUGGUAUCAGCAGCGAGAUGAUAACAGACGAAUAUCAUUGACAAUAAACCUUGAAACCUGAAAAUAUCUUACCUGAAACGCUUCGUUUGCUUUUAAAUGUUGUUUACUAAUUACUUGUAGCUGUUAUUAUUUAUUUACGUUGAUUGUUGAUGAAAAAUCGAAUCACUUGCAAAUCGAUCUGAUUAGGUGUCGGUUCAGGUUUUGAAAUAUGUUGAAAUGAUGGGUUUUUAACCAGUGAAAUACUUAACACUUUAAACAAACUUAUAAAAAGUACAAAAAUCGCAACAAUGUGAAUGUGUUAUUUUUGGCUAGGUUACCAUAACGUGUUUGUUUUGUAUGUAGAUAGGAAACAAUGAGCGUUCGACGAUGCAUUCCUCCUCCGUGUAUAUAUAAAUACCUAAAUUAUUACGUUUUUGAUUUGAUCGUAUCUACCUCAAUACUUUAAAUAUGUUUGCAACAAUCAUUGCUGGAUAUUCAGCUAGUCAUAGUGUUUAAGAUGAUGAUAGGGAGAGAGCGGUACAUGCGGGGAUGUAUUUUUUAUAAGCGUAGAUUAUAAUAUCAUGUUUGACGAAGAAAUGUGGAGAUGUGCAGAGAUUUAACUACCUACAUGCUAUAUAUUUAUCUUUAUCGGAUUUAGAGAGAUGUAAAUAAGAGUUCUACUGUUAAUAACUAUUCUAUAUAUUUUUAUAUUGUAGUACUGCAUAAUAAUACAUUAUGAUACAUAUUUUAAUAA